GCCCCUCCCCGUCGGUCUACUACGACCCACGCGUACGCCCUAGCCACGGAAGCCAUCGGAACCCUUGACCAGACGGAUUCUACACGCUCCGGCUUUUGCUAACUUUCAUUAAUGGCCGAUCAGUCUCUCAACGAUUCUCGUGAUGAGUAUGAGCAUUACAACUACGAAGACGAUAAGAUUACCGGCUAUAAAGGUGGAAAACACCGGACUAAAACAGAAAUCGAAGAGCACCACAAGAAGGGAGAUAAUCGGAGCAAUCGAAUUCAUGUCGAUCAUCAAAUUAACAACGAAGAAAAGAAUCGUGAGCAAAAUUUAAAACAUCCUUCCGAUUCCAGCAAUUAAUUGGCUUCUCCUAUCUUUUGUGUAACAUAGCAAAUCUAUGUAAACCUUCCACGUUUGCUAAUAAAAUCAUCGCUAUUCCUAUAUAAACUCACUCUGGAAAUUGUUUUCUCCAGUUAUCUGCCUUCUCUAACUGCUUUGGUUUAUGCUUGACUGCGAAUCCUCGUGCGACCUGCGCCUGCCUAUUUUACACCAAGUACAUCGAUUGACACUUGUAUUCCGUGAGCUUUAGCUCCACAUUACACAUGCAAUCCGCGCUACUGACGAUUCCCGAUAGGAUAACACGGCCUUAUAUUGCUUGUCUGUACAUGUGCUAGAUGUCUAGCAGCAUUGGCAUGAAAUUCAAUUUACACCGUUCUUAAAAUCGUUUGUCGCGCUCGAUUCUUUUCUCCUGACGUGGCUGAAACUCUGCGUGUCUGUACGGUAGAUUUUUUUCAUGUACACACACACACACACUAGGACAAGAUGUAUUUACCAUACCAGCUGUUUGGCGCUGAGGUUCUCCUAUUCCUUUCCUUUUGUUUCUAGUCACUUUUUCCGUAGCUAUUUAGCGCGUUUUUCUUUAUUCAUUUAAUCGCCUGUGUCGUCGAUUCCCUCCGGGCCGCACCCAUUUGUACAAUGCGAAUUGCAGGUUUCUUAACUGUUUUUCUCUCGUUCAGCGAGUAGCAACUUCAUGUAUUAUUUGCAUCUGCUUAUUCAGCGACACCUCGUGGUUCAUCCUUUCUUGCGCAUUCUCAUGGCACCCUUCGGUUACAAAAAGGCCGAGUCUCUUCAACCAAUUGUUCUGUACUGGACGUUGUUCUCUGAUGUACUGAAAUC